GCGCCGUGCCCCCCGCUCCCGCUUCCCGUCUGCGUGAGGCCCCGGGGUUCUGGGUGGAUUUUCCUGCGCGAGCUAAAAUGAAUGCGUGAGGCGGCGUCAGAAACUGCAGGGUUGCUGGAAUUCAUGUGAACAUGUUGAAGAGAAAGAAGCCUCAUAGGAAGCGUAGCAAAGCAGAUGCGAGUGAUCCGGUUGCCUACAAACAGCGCAGUAUUGUUGGAAGCAAAGUGCAACAUGGAUGGAGGGAGAAGACGGGAGUGGUCACCCAGUGGAAGGGCACGGUCUUGGACCAGCUACCGGUCAACCCUUCCCUCUUCCUGGUCAAGUACGACGAUUUCGACUGUGUCUACGGGAUCGAACUUUUCAAAGAUGAGAGGGUCUCCACACUCGAAAUACUGCCCGACAAGAGCGGUCGAAAAAAAAUAAUGGAUGGAGACUUGGCUGAGUUGAUCGUGGGCAAGGCGGUGGAGCACAUGUUUGAGAAGGAUGAUGGAUCCAAGAAUGAAUGGCGAGGGAUGGUGCUGGCCCGUGCACCCGUCAUGACCACUUGGUAUUAUAUCACCUAUGAAAAGGACCCUGUUCUGUAUAUGUACCAGUUACUGGAGGAUUACAAAGAGGGAGAUCUGCGCAUCCUGCCUGAUUCAGAGAACAAGCAAGUGUUGCCCACGGAGCCCGGAGAGGUGAUCGAGAGCCUGGUGGGGAAGCAAGUGGAGUACGUGACCGAGGACGGCACUAAGAGAACGGGGCUGGUCAUUCACCAAGUGCAAGCAAAGCCAUCCGUCUAUUUCAUUAAGUUCGAUGACGAUUUCCACAUCUAUGUGUAUGACUUGGUCAAAACCUCCUAGCUGCAUGCAACACUUGUCAUUGCCGUCACAAAGAGAUUUUACUGUGAACUGUGAGCUGAUCACUGAAGAGACUUGUGUUCUUUAUGUUAGCCCUCCCCCUCCCUUCCCCCCCACCGUGUGUUUAAUUCCCAGACUCGGAAAAAGUGACGUAUACGCAUCCGUCUUUUGACAUUUCCCCCGGAACUUGGCCUUCACACGCCGCUCUGCUGCACCGACCAAUGCAGCUUCUGUGGGCUGUUAACGCUGUCCGUGACGCUAAUGGAGAAGUCCUUCGCUGGCAGAGUCUGCUGAUCCCAGCCCUGUUGGACCCCUGAAUUUACCAGCAUAAGUUAUGCUGGUUUCCAAUGCGAUCACUUUGUACAAGAGGUUAUAAAGGAGACUGCACCAGCCUUGGGCUCCACCCAGCUCAUCCCCCCCUGUGCCUGACAGUGGCUGGGCUCCUUCCUAUUGAGCAGGAGGCAGCAAUACAGGGGGAAUGCAGUGACCAAAUUAGGCAGUAGACUUCUGUUUCAAACAGAUCCUAAAAUGUUUGAGAGAUGUUAUGUUUGUCUUUAAAAUGUGUGGUGCUCCCAGGAUAGAAGAUGUUUUCUGAUUCCUGUCAAAAGAGCAGUUUUAAAGAAUUUAAUCUAGUUUUGCUGAGGGGAUGGGGAUAUUCUUGAGUGGGGACUACACAAAGAUAUCUUUGCGGCAAGUGUUUUACUAUUUCAGAUUGGCGGUGGUGUCUGGUGUCAUGCAUGCUGGUCAACGUUAGUACUCAGCUACCUGUGUUAGGCAUCUAUUUGUUAUAAACCUCUUUUUCUGUACAAUUAGAUCCCGUAUAAAUGUCUGUUUGCGUGAGUGCGUGUGUGUGUGCGUGCGCGCACCAGAGGGAGAAUCAGUUUGUCAUAUCUACCAUGCUACGGCUAACACAAAGAAUAUUGUCUCUCCGAUGUGCAUCGUUUGUAAGACUCGUCCGAUCUUGAGUUUGUCUUUAUUCUGUGUCUUUGACUUUUUUUUUUAAGGUAAAUAUCUUGGAUUUCAUGGCCUUAUUCCUUUUGAAGCGAAACUCUUUCCAAUUUUCAGUCCAAACGGUGUGGGGGAUGUGUUCUCCCAGGUUCACUCACUUCUGCUUUGAAUAAAACUCAUUCUUUAGAAAGAAGGCAAGAAGGUUUCUGGUGGAGAAGCAAGCUGCAACCCCUCCCACCUUUCUUCCCUCCAAGUCCUGGUACAUCAGCGUAACUCCUAAACACCGUGUAACUUCUAAAACACAGUAAAGUGUUGCCAUUACACCAAACCAGAUAAAAUCUUACAUCUUCUCCCCAGAAUAGAAUCAUUCGGAUGAGGAGGGAACAGGGUGUUGUGGCAGUGCAGUAACGCAAGGGGUAUUAGAUUGUGGACAAUUAACCCUGGAGAUGUUUGCAGCCAGGGUGACAUGGUGGCGCAGCGGUAGAGUUGCUGCCCCACAGCGCCAGAGUCCCAGGUUCGAACCUGACCACGGGUGCGGCCUGUGUAGAGUUAGUACGUUCCCCCCGUGACCACAUGAGUUUCCUCUGAGUGCUCCAGUUUCCUCCCACAUCCCAGACACGUGCUGGUUUGUAGGCUAAUUAGCGUCAGUAAAAAUUGUAAAUUGUCACCAAUGUGUACGGAAUGGAUGAGAAAGUGGGAUAAGAUAGAACUAGUGUGAAUAGCCAAUUGAUAGUCAGAAUGGACUCGAUGGGUGGCAGGACCUGUUUCCAUGCUGUACCUCCAAACUAAACAUUUUCCAAUGGGAUCCAGAUGUGCCUGUUCAUAGAUCAAGUGCUAGAUCAGAAUUAGGCCAUUCGGCCCAUCAAGUCUACUCCGCCAUUCAAUCAUGACAGAUGUAUCUCUCCCUCCUAACCCCAUUUUCCUGCCUUCUCCCCAUAACCUACCUGUACUAAUCAUGAAUCUAUCUAUCUCUGCCUUAAAUAUAUCCACUGCCUUUGCCUCCACAGCCUUCUGUGGCAAAGAAUUCCACAGUCACCACUCUGACUAAAGAUAUUCCUCCUCAUCCCCUUCCUAAAAGAGCAUCCUUUAUUUCUGAGGCUAUGACGUCUAGUCCUAAACUCUCCCACUAGUGGAAACAUCCUCUCUACAUCCACUCUAUCCAAGCCUCUCACUAUUCUGUACGUUUCAAUGAGUUCCCCCCUCAUUCUUCUAAACUCCAGCGAUUACCAGCGAUGUUAACCUACUCAUUCCUGGGAUCAUUCUUGUAAACCUCCCAUGGACCCUCUCUAGCACAUCCUUCCUCAGAUAUGGUGCCCAAAACUGCUCACAAUAUUCCAAAUGCGGCCUGACCAGCGCCUUAUAGAGCCUCAGCAUUACAUCCCUUUUUUUGUGUACAAGCUCACUCGAAAUAAAUGCUAGCAUUGCGUUUGCUUUCUUUACAUAGAUUCGACUUGCAGAUUAUCUUUUUGGGAAUCCUGCACCAGCACUCCCGAGUCCCUUUGCACCUCCGAUUUCUGGAUUCUCUCCCCAUUUAGAAAUAAUCUAUAACCAUAAGAAUAAUUCUUGCUACCAAAAUGCAUGACUGUACACUUUGCUACACUGUGUUCCAUCUGCCACUUCUCUGCCCACUCUCCCAACCUGUCCAAGUCUUUCUGCAGAGUCCCAGCUUUCUCUACACGACCUGCCACUCCACCUACUUUCGUAUCAUUUGCAAACUUGGCCACAAAGCCUUUAAUCCCCUUGUCCAAAUCAUUAAUAUACAACUGUUUUUACCAUUGUUGUAAAAGUUUGCUUGGCAUGGGCAAAAUGUCCAUACAUUUCAGGGAAAUACUUCAUUGUACAUUAAGUAUUUCAUGUGAAUUAUAUGUAAUUCUCUUUUAAUGUUUAACUUUUUUUUAAGCAUGUUAGUUACAGUUCCUACCCUUUUCUUCAGCACACUUGAUGCUGAAUGUUCACAGAGAUGAAAAAUGUUACAUUACACCAAGGAUUUCUGCUACAA